GUUCAAACCUCGAACCACGUCCAACCACCUUGCGCGAGCCUCCGUCACAACUUUCGUCCGCACAUAGUGGUGUUCAGGCUGGUUUUUACACGCCGUGAACUAUAUUCUGCCGCGUUGCUGCCGACCUAUUGUUUGGCAUGACUAUUAUCGAAGACUCUGGCCGUGUGCCAUUACAGAAACCAACGUUCUUCGCUAUUCUUGAUAGUAAUCAAUGCGACACGCUAUCUUUCCCGGAGGCAAUUAGUUGGUGUGCAAAAGCCGAAGAAGAGGCGUUGAUCUAUAUCCUAGGACUUCGCCGCUUUCAAAAUUCCAAGGCUUGGGUCAACCGCCUUCCAGCAGAACUGCUGGUACAAAUAUUGUUGUACCUCGUUCCUCCGGAAGCAUAUGAAUUCCAGGCAUGGAUUCAUCUCACCCAUGUAUGUUCGUACUGGCGCAACGUGGCACUUCGUCGGCCCAAGUUCUGGACUCACGUCGACCUCACUCAGGAAGCGUGCGCCAGAACCUUCCUAGAACGCUCCGCAGAUGCUGAAAUUCACAUAUAUUGGAUGGACGGGCCUGGCGAUCUACGUAUCCUAUCUCAUUUAUGUCAUCAUGCAGACCGUAUUGCCAGCAUUACAGUCAAGGAGGAGUCCAGAGAUGUUACACCUAUUUUGGCAAUGCUGAAUUUCUCAUUACCCUCGCUUCGUGCAAUGACUAUUUGUGCAAACAAGUACACUGCAUCAGGGAACCGGGAGGGCAUUGCGUGCAUUCCGGGUGCAAGCGACUCACAGCGUUUGACCUCGCUUUCCUUGCACUCGUUAGUGAUUCCCUGGACUUCUACGUUAUACGCAGGCUUGCAGCAUUUGGAACUGCGUAACCAGAAUCGUCACUGGAUCCAACCGUCAUUGACAGAGUUUUUGGAUAUCCUUGACGCAUGUCCAGGAUUAGUCACGUUAACCGUGGCACUCGCAGGACCGACGUUCGGAAGGACAUGGGAAAGGACAAAACGUAUGGUGCAGCUAAGGAACUGCCGAUGCCUAACCAUACACAAUGAACCGCACGAUGUCGCAGGCUUACUCUCACUUUUGGUUCUACCUGCGACUGCAUCACUCGAAGUCUGUGCACCAGCAGACGUGUCAUGUCGUGGAGACGAACUUUUGACAUGUUUCCCAUCCAAUCGUUCGCACAUGGGAGCGUUCAGUUGUGUCACCAGGCUCAGUGUCACAUUCCGAAUAGGACAUGUCCCCAAAAUGGUACAACUCACAGCUACUAAGCCCAGCGAGACUAGUGAGGAAGUCAGUAUAUCUGCUGGCGUCCAGGGAGCGACGUUCAGCUACAAUGUACAACCAUUCCAAGCUUUUUUCUCCACGAUAGGAACUUUAUUCGCACAAUCGCCUAUAGAGGAGCUGAAUGUGGACGGAGAUAUUGGAUUUAUGGACGAUUUGGAUUGGUAUGGCGUUCUCGGUAAAUUCAAGAAACUUACAAGACUUGAGAUUGGGUCCAAAGACAUGCCUGUUAUGAGAACGAACACGUCGCUAGAUGUUCUCCGAGACUUGUGCACGCCGGAUUUUUCGUGGCAAUCGCUUGCAUGCUCAGACCUUUCACAGCUGAUGCUGUAUUUCCGUACAGAUCAUUGGGAGUCAGAUCUUCUACCGAUGCUACGGCGUACGCUUUCCUCGAGGGCACAACGGGAUGCUCAUCUUGCCAGGUUGGAGGUGUUCAUCACUGGUCGAUACGACGAGCAUUACCAUAGACUUCACGAAUAUCCAGGACUUAUUAAGACUCUAGAAGAUGGGCUUCCACUAGAGGCGUGAGCUCGAUAAUUGGUUUCUUUUCUGCUGUUCUAUUGUCUGAGCUAUUCUUUCCAGCGAAAUUCUUCUGAGCACCGUGGGUAUCGGACUAGAUUUCAAUGAAGAGGAACUGCGAGAUUGAGUAUGCAUAGCAUUGCUGUAUACCCACGAGUCCUUUUAAAUUUGUAGUGUUUUGGUGUCACGAUACCACAGGAUAGUUUCAUAAAAUCUGGACUUUUGAGCAAUUC